CAACAACCCUGCUGCAAACCGUGCGCCCUCGUUCCAAACGUCCACCGGCCAAGAGCCGGGCUGGCUAGGAGAGCGGAGCCCAGGGCUGGCUAGGAGAGCGGAGCCCAGGGCUCCAGCUAGGAAGCCACAAACCCACAAACAGGGCCACCUGCUGAGACCCCUGCUGGCCCCAUAAGCCUUCUGGGAACGAGGAGGCGCUUGGUCUCCCUUCUUCCCUGAUUCUGUGCCUCCCCAAAGGGCACACGAUGCCGCCCUCAUUGGUGGCCAACAGGGUCUCCCUCCGGGAGCUAGCCGACCUGGCAAUUGGCACUCCAGAGGUGGGCGCGGUGAACUUUACGGCCUUGCACACACUGAUAGUGUCCAUUCUCAAGAGCCUCAACCUCCAAGAAGUUCUUAUCGACUUCCACUACCCAUCGACUGAGACUGGCCGCGGAACUGAGUCUCUGCAUGGCACUCACAGCGCCCCGCAUUUGCCAACCAGCAAAGAGAAGCAUCAGAGUCUACCUAGGCUGUCACAGACUCCACAAGAGCUAGAAAACCAGGUGAAGGACUUGGGUAACCAGGUACUGGACCUCACCAAACAGUUUAAAACUAUGGACAACAAAGUACAGGGCAUGGCCACACAAAUAGACCAGAUCUCAGUCCCUGAACUCCAGCAGGAAGAGGAGAUAGCUCUGGUGACCCAACAGGUAUCCCUAACAAAGUUCUCCAAGAUCUAUGAAUCUGAGGAGAUGAUGGAGAAGCCUGAGCCCACAGUCAAGAUGCCCACCGAGAUGGUACAACUAAAGCCCUCAAGGACUCCCAGCCUGACCAAGCCCACGAGUGUGCUCCAAGACCUCAUAGAAGAUGUGAAAAUUCUGAAGCAGGCUUCUGAGCUGCAGGAACUCCUUCAACGUUUUAAUGAACUGGAGAAACUAGUUAAAAGCCGAGAAGAAUACCUGGAUCUAUUAAGUCGGAGGCUGAAUCUUCUUGCUCCGGGUGGUGAAGAAAUCACCAUGGUCACCUGGGAAGAGCUAGAACAAGUGAUUGGUGACGGCUGGAGGGCCUCCAAAGGGAGCUCGGAUUCGUCCACAGCAACCGUUGGCAAGCACAAAUUUACCUCAAGUGACCUCCUUCCGAGUGGAAUGUUUCUCAGAGCUGCUGACCAGGCUCUGGAUUCCACUGGUGGUAUAGAAAGAAUCUCCAGCAGAGAUCAAAGCAGAUCUACUACUGCAUUUCGGGAUAUGGCCCGUGAGCCAUCCCAGGUCAUAUCCGAGACAGAUCGCCAGACAUAUGCAAGAAGAGAUGAGCAACUCCCUGGUCAGACUCAACGUGGUGGGAUACCCAGGACGGAACCAUUUGGCAUGGAUCAGCCUAGAUUGAUAGACGCUGUGAUGCCCACCACUACGGGUCAGCUUGGUGUAAAGCCCCCCGAAAUGUAUGGCCAGGAAUUAGUACCUGUUGAUAAAGCUCAGAGUGGUGGGCUGCCACCAUCAGGACCUGACAAGGAACUGAAAAAACUGAGUACAAUCCAGCUUGGUACAGUUCCACCUAGCACGUAUCAGCAAGGCAUGAUGCUUCCUGGAAUGGACCGAGAGGGCACGGAACAGGCUGCUGUGCGUGACAGUGGUCAGGGACCAUGGCCCACGGCUCAGCAAGGGUUGAUAGCAGUAGGCGUAGAUCAGCAUGGAUUGCCGAUACCAGGCACAGGCCAGCAAGGACUGCCCCCACAACAUAUGGAUCAGCGGGGUUUGGUAACACCUGGUACAGACCAACGUGCAUUCUCUCCAUCUCUUUCAGAUGAACGUACCUUGGUGUCACUUGGUUUGAUGCAAGUUAGUACAGAUCAACAAGGUUUUAGACAGUCCAGCUUAACGUCACGCUUUAUACAACCUGGUGCAGAACAGCUCAGGGUAGAGCAGCGUGGUGUAGCGCAGCCUGGUUUAGAUCGGCGCAGUUCAGUGCCUGUAGGGACAGAACGGCGGGCUUCAUUGCAGGCUCUUGCAGAGAAACGUAGUUCAGUGCCCAUUGAGGUAGAACAGCAGAGUCUGGCACAGUCUAGGGCAGGUCAGCAAGGUUUAGGACAACCUAGCACAGUUUCGGGUGGUUUGAUACAGCCUGGCACAGACCAACAUUUGGUGCCUCCUGGUGUAGAUCAGCCUAGCUUGAUUCAACCUGGUGCAUUUCCACUUAGUUUGGCACAACUUGGUGCAGAUCAGCAAGGUCUAAUACAAACAGACACAGGGCAGCCUGUUUGGGUUCAACCAAGCACAGAUCAGAGUGGCGGGGUACAGCCUGGUGCAUAUCUGCCCGGUUGGGUACAGCCUAGUGUAGAUCAACGUGACUUAGUACAAGUUGGAAUGGAUCAGCAGGAGCUGAGACAACCUGGUGCAGUUCAGCCCGGGCUGGUGCAGCCAGGUGCAUAUGCACCUGGGUUGAUGCAAGUUGGUGCAAGUCAGGAUGGUUUGCUUCAACCUGGAAUGGAUCAGCUUGGUCUGGUACAGCCUGGUACAGCCUGGAGUUUGGUGCAGCCUGAUGUAGAUCAGCUUGAUAUGGCACAACCACAUGGAAUUCUGCCUGGCCUGGCACAACCACGUGGAGUUCUGCCUGGCAUGGUCCAACCAGGUGCAGUUCAGCCUGGUGUGUUGCAACCAGGUGCAGUUCAGCCUGGUGUGUUGCAACCAGGUGCAGUUCAGCCUGGUGUGUUGCAACCAGGUGCAGCUCAGCCUGGCUUGGUCCAGCCAGGUGCAGCUCAGCCUGGCUUGGUCCAGCCAGGUGCAGCUCAGCCUGGUGUGUUGCAAGCAGGUGCAGUUCAGCCUGGUGUGUUGCAAGCAGGUGCAGUUCAGCCUGGCAUGGUCCAGCAGGGUCCAGUUCAGCCUGGUGUGUUGCAAGCAGGUGCAGCUCAGCCUGGCAUGGUCCAUCCGGGUGCAGCUCAGCCUGGCAUGGUCCAGCCGGGUUCAGUUCAGCCUGGCAUGGUCCAGCUAGGUGCAGUUCAGCCUGGCGUGUUGCAAGCAGGUGCAGUUCAGUUUGGCAUGGUCCAGCCGGGUGCAGUUGAGCCUGGUGUGUUGCGAGCCGGUGCAGUUCAGCUUGGCAUGGUCCAGCCGGGUGCAGUUCAGCUUGGUGUGUUUCGAGCAGGUGCAGUUCAGCCUGGUGUGUUGCAAGCAGGUGCAGUUCAGCCUGGCAUGGUCCAGCAAGGUCCAGUUCAGCCUGGUGUGUUGCAAGCAGGUGCAGUUCAGCCUGGCAUGGUCCAGCAAGGUCCAGUUCAGCCUGGUGUGUUGCAAGCAGGUGCAGUUCAGCCUGGCAUGGUCCAGCAAGGUCCAGUUCAGCCUGGUGUGUUGCAAGCAGGUGCAGUUCAGCCUGGCAUGGUCCAGCAAGGUCCAGUUCAGCCUGGUGUGUUGCAAUCAGGUGCAGUUCAGCCUGGCAUGGUCCAGCCUGGUAUACUUCCUAGUGGUUGGGGGCAGCCUGUUGCAUACUCACUUGGCUUGGGCCAACCUGGUAUAGGUCAGUAUGGUUUGGUUCAGCCAAGAGUUGAUCGAUAUGGUUUUGUGCAGCCCGGUGUAGCACGUGGUUUACUCCAACCUAGUGACAGUCAGCGCGCUUUGAUGCAACCUGGAGUAGGUCAAGUUGAGUGGAUACAACCUGGAAUGAGUCGUCGUGAUUUAGUACAACCUGGUGCAGAUGAGAGUGGUUUAGCCCAAGGUGGAAUGGCUCAGCAGGGUUUGGUACAAUCUGGCAUGGCCCGGCAGGGUUUGGCACAACCUGGCAUGGCCCGGCAGGGUGUGGCACACCCUGGCAUGGCCCGGCAGGGUGUGGCACACCCUGGCAAGGCCCGGCAGGGUGUGGCACACCCUGGCAAGGCCCGGCAGGGUGUGGCACAACCUGACUUGGCACAACCUGGAGCACCUAGUGAGGACAAGUUUGGCUUGGCACAGCCUAUAGUGGACCAGAGUGCUUUUAUGCAGCCUGGCAUGGACCAACGUGGCUUGGUACAGCCUAGAAUGUACCAGUAUGGUUUUGUGGACCCUUCUGAUCUUCAGCGUAACUUCUUGCAACCCAGAGGAGUUUUGCCUAGGUUAGUCCAGCCUGUCGUGGAUCAGGGUGGUCCGCUGCAGGCUGGACUGGCUCAGUCUAGGAUGGUGCAGCCUAUCACGGAUCAGAGAGGCCCGGUGCAGCCUGAAACUCUUCAGCCUAGGCAGGUGCAGCCUAGUACAAGCCGUCGAGGCCUGGUGCAGUCUCUCCUGACUCCGUAUGGCCUGAUGCAGCCAGGUGCAGCUCAACUUGGUUUGGUGCAGCCUGGCAUGGAGCAGCUAGGGGAAGAAAGGCGUGGCUUACUGCAGCCUGGCAUGGAUCAGCCUGGUUUGUUGCAGCCUGGGACAGAUCAGCCUGGUUUGUUGCAGCCUGGGGCAGAUCAGCCUGGUUUGUUGCAGCCUGGGGCAGAUCAGCCUGGUUUGUUGCAGCCUGGGGCAGAUCAGCCUGGUUUCUUACAGCCUGGGGCAGAUCAGCCUGGUUUCUUACAGCCUGGGGCAGCUAGGCUGGACAGGAUACAGCCUGGGAUGGUUGAGCCUGGUGCAGGCCCUCAGGGUUUGGGUCAGCCUGACUUGGCCCCACCUCCUUUUAUUCACCCUGGUAUAUUUCCUCGUGGUAUAUUUCAACCUGCUACACUUCCACGUGGUUUCAGACAACCCACUCCAACUCAGCCAGACUUUGUAACACCAAGCAUAGACCUUCGCUUUCCAACAAUGGAGGUUGAACCUCAGCAACCACAAUUGCCCCAGUUAUAUCAGCUUCCUACAGCACUCCAAACCAGGCAAGGUAUACUUCCUGAAGGGGUCCAUCGGAUCUCAGGUCAAAAAGCCAAGACAAGGACAGUUGAAGUUCAGUAUGAUAUAGAAGAGGCUGGCCUGCCUGAAGAAGUCCAGAGAGUUGAGGUGGAUACCCAGGUCUCUUGGGAGCUAAGUCACCUUGACUCGGCUGCCCCAACUGCCCCAGAACAAGUUAUCACCGACUCCAGGACUCAGGAUUCCUGGAACUAUCUCCAGCAGUUCUCAUCAGUAAGCGAGACUCGUCGAGAGCAGCAGCGGCAGGAGUCACUGCCUCCAAGCUUCCCCAUGGCGGUGGAAACACUGCGCCUGAUCGGGGAGCUCAUCUCCCUCUAUUUAGAACUGAAGGAACAGUUGAAAGACUUGGACGAGGAACUGGCCGGCCAGACUGACUUCGAGAAAAUCCAGUACCUGAUCACAAUGAUAGUCAAAAAGACCAUACCCCAGGACCUGGCAGAGCAGCUGAAGAGCCUAAAGACGUUGAACAAGGAAGUUCGGCAGGACAAGGCAAAACUAGAGAAGAUACAGAAGUUUGUGGACAGUGCUGCUGACACCACCGGAGGGAAGGGAGUGAAACCUAACCAUCUGAGCUUGCAGCUGGGCAUCCUCAGAGUCACCGUGUCUGACAUCGAGAAGGAGCUGAACGAGCUGAGAGAGAGCCAGGACCGAGGCAAGGCCACCAUGGAGAACUCUGUCUCUGAGGCGUCUCUUUACCUACAGGAUCAGCUGGACAAGCUCAGAACCAUCAUUGAGAGCAUGCUGGGCAGCUCCUCCACGCUGCUCUCCAUGAGCAUAACCCCACACAAGUCCACCGCCUGCCUAGUGCCCGGCCAGAUCGACCCCGAGGCCACCUGUCCGGCCUGCAGUCUGGAUGUGAGCCACCAAGUCAGUCUGCUGGUCCAGCGCUACGAGCAGCUACAGGACAUGGUCAGUGGCCUCGCUGCCUCCAGACCCUCCAAGAAGGCCAAGCUGCAGGGCCAGGAUGAGGAGCUGCUGGGCCACGUGCAGAGCGCCAUCCUACAAGUCCAGGGUGACUGUGAGAAGCUCAACAUUACCACGAGCAACCUCAUUGAGGACCAUCGGCAGAAGCAGAAAGACAUUGAAGUGCUGUAUCAGGGGAUAGAAAGGCUGGAUAAGGAAAAGGCCAACAGAGAGCACCUGGAGAUGGAGAUUGAUGAGAAAGCCGACAAGAGCGCUCUGGCAUCCAAAGUGAGCCGGAUCCAGUUUGAUGCCACUACAGAGCAGCUGAACCACAUGAUGCAGGAACUGGUGGCCAAGAUGAGCGGACAGGAGCAAGACUGGCAGAAACUUCUGGAUAAGCUCCUGGCAGAGAUGGACAGCAAGCUGGACCGCCUGGAGCUGGAUCCGUUGAAGCAGAUGCUGGAGGACCGCUGGAAAUCACUGCGGCAGCAGCUCAAAGAGCGCCCUCCACUCUACCAGGCCGACGAGGCGGCUGCCAUGCGGAGGCAGCUCUUGGCUCAUUUCCACUGCUUGUCCUGUGACCGUCCCUUGGAGACAACUGUGACUGGACAAGUCAUCUCUGUGACCCCCAUAAUUUCGAGCAUGCCAGGGCACCGUUCCGUCCGGCCUUACACUGUGUUUGAACUAGAGCAGAUCCGACAGCAAAGCAGAAACCUGAAGCUGGGCAGCAGCUUCCCUCGGGUUGACAUGUCACAGAUGGAGAGAAGCGUGGGGCGUCUGCACAGCAUGCACUCCCGGAUGCUGAUGGACAUGGAGAAGGUGCAGGUCCACUUCGGAGGCUCUGUGAAGGCCAGCAGCCAGAUGAUCCGAGAGCUGCUGCACACCCAGUGCCUCAGCCACCCAUGCUACAAACGGGGAGCAGACACAGCAGAUUACAGCUACUCGACUGUAUCCCGUCGCUGUGGGGGCAGCCACACCCUCACCUACCCCUACCGGCGAAACCGCCCGCAGCACCUGUCUCCACUGGAGGAGAUCCAGAUCGCCAUGAAGGGGUUGCUAGGUUACUGCCAAGUUACCUCUCCAAAGUUGCUGAGGCAGGCCUUGAACUCACGAUCCUCGAGCCUCGGACUCCCAAAGUAGCUAGGAUAUACAGGUCUGGCUUGCCACUGGGUAGAACGCCAUCCUUCCACCUGAUUCCCAGGCACUACCCUACCACCUUCCACCACGGGGCCGCAGAGUUCCACAGUACCUCCUUCCAUCUUGCCCUCAGACCAGACUCCAUGCAGGGGCCUUUCAUUUUUGAGAGUGAGUCUUGCUAUUUACAGUCCUGGCUGGACUGGUACUAGCUAUAUAUCUCCCAGACUGGCCUUGAAGUCAGUGGGAAGCCUGCUGCCAGUCUCCAGAGAGCCAGGAUUACAGGCAUGUGCCCUCAGGCCUCAUUUCAGGGGGUGAGGCAUAGGGCUGGGGGGAGGGGGGCAGGGGAAGGCAGGGCGGUUCUGAGCACUGCUGGCUGACAGUGUCUGCACUCCAGGCCUUCCUGGGGGAUACUCAGGCUGUUACAAUGCUAAUGGACACGCAUACCCCU